AAGACUGUUUAAUGUUUUCCAGUUGUCGUUUGUGAAUGGAUUGAAAAGGUUGGAGACACCAGAAGUAUGGAAUUGAAUAGAUCCAGUGCGAUUAUAUCGUUAUUACUGUUACAUCUCUAUAAUCAUGUGGUUAUAGCUGAUAUCGAGCCAAUUGUUUUAGUACAUGGCGGUGCGGGUACCAUCGGCGAGGAUAGAAUUCCUGGCAAAUAUCGUGGAUCGAAGCUGGCAGCACGUGUUGGUUAUCAAGUGUUGAUGAGUAACGGAUCUGUACUAGAUGCCGUGGAGGAAGCAGUGAGGAUUAUGGAAAGUGAUAGCAACUUCAACGCCGGAUAUGGAUCUGUUUUGAACUACGAUGGUGAUGUAGAAAUGGACGCAAGUAUCAUGGAUGGCACUACUUUGAAUGCAGGAUGUGUAGCGGGCGUGCGCGAUGUUCUUCAUCCGAUAACUUUGGCAAGACGUGUUAUGGAUAAAACUGCGCAUAACUUCCUUGCCGGGCAAGGAUUGAUUAAUUUCACACAUCAAGAGGGUAUUGAAAUUAUGCAUCCUCCUGGUCAGCUAGUAACGCAAUUAUCCAAAGAUUCAUUGGACAAAUGGAAGGAAAGUAAUGAAAAACCCAGCACCGGUGAAGGCGGAACAGUUGGAGCAGUAGCCAUUGAUAAAUACGGCAACAUUGCGGCAGCAACGUCAACAGGUGGUCUUACAGGAAAGCUGCCAGGCAGAGUGGGAGAUACUCCCAUUAUCGGUGCUGGAACAUAUGCAGACAAUCUUAUCGGUGGUAUUUCUGCAACUGGUGACGGAGAUACCAUUAUGAAGGUGCCAUUAGUGUAUGACAUUCUGAAGCGUAUGGAAUAUCUGGGAGAUGACAUGACCAAGGCUGCAGAGGAUGCCCUUGAUGCGAUGACUGAGCGUUUAGGUGGAACUGCCGGUAUCAUUGGUUUGGACACCCAAGGCAAUGUGGCAAUUGUGUGUAAUACAGCACAAAUAUCAUGGGCCUAUCAGCGAGGCAACACCCUGGCGUACGGAGUUAGAAAAGAAGAGCACAUUGAGGAACAGUUGUCCGAUGAGCAAAUGUUGGAGGACGUAUCGGAACAAAUGUUCGCUUAAUAUAAUUAACCGCGUUAGCUUCACGAAGCGUGUAUUUCAUUGUUUAUAGAUUAAUAAGAAUAACUUAAUACUACGCAGUUUGAAUAUGAUUAAUUGGCAAAUAUUGGAUUGGCUUUCGUACUGGCGUUACACGCAUAUCUGUUCCACGAUUGCAUAGAGCAAUCCUGAUGGGCCAAGGGACUCUUAGGCGUACAAUAGCAGUGUACACAGUUAAUUCAGAUCACUGAAGUCAGUAAAAAUUUACCGGGUUUUUGAACAGCUGAAUACUCGGUAACCAACCCAGUAGCUUUAUGUGUUACCAAAUGUACAGUUAUAAAAAAUUGAACGUGAACUGUCAAAAAGUGCAGUUUGUGUUGUAACACACAGACGGGUUGUUCAGUAUGGUCGUUGCUGGGUCUUGUAAUGGAAUAACAGGGUGUCAGUAUUUAGUAAUACAACUUUUUCGCCAAAAUUGUUAUUGUUUGCCUGAUUAUUAAGUUAAAAAACCGAAUAGUUAUUUUUUUUA